AUGAUUGAUGGCGGGAGAAGAUUGCAAUGCAGAGAGUUGGAGGCGGCGCUGGGAUUGAUGAAGCUUAACUGGAUGCAUAAAAUCCAGGUGUCUGAGCAGCAGCCCCGGAAGACAAGGUUACAGACAUGCAUUCUGAAUAGUGUAUUUAGGAUGUCGAGGUUUCCAUCGCCGAAGAGCGUAUUUGAUAUUGCGCUUUUGAUUAAUGUGCAUCCGAAGUCUGUUCAGAAGUGGUUCCAGAAUGCCAGGCAGCUAUCAAAGCGAAAGUCUCUGAUUGCUAAUGAUGCUGGAGGACAGGAUGUGAAUAUCAAGCAUAGAGCCUUUGACAUCACAAUCGAUGUUCUAGUUGAAAUAGUGCAAACUGAGACUGAAAAAAGGCGUUGUAUAUGA